AUGGCAAGUGCUGAGAGUGGGAAAAAUGGAUGUAGCGGCACUACCAAGAAAGUAGCAUAUGCAUUGGUUGGAUUUUCACUACUUCUUACACUCAGAGUUGGCAUGAAUGGAGCUCCAUUCUGUAUGAAACGUUUUAAGAUACCUGAACAUUUGUUCAGUCUUUAUGUUAGUAGAGUUCAUAAUUGUAUAGAACUAUCUGGUUUUGCUGGAGUUACUGCCGGUACAAUUUAUACCAUAGAGUAUGGUGGAAGUAAUGGAGGACAACAUUGUGAUAAGGUAUCUAUCGGUAUUAAUUGGAUGUUUUUCCUUAUCAAUGUAGUUCUUUUCUUUGUAUUUGUAACUGGUGGUGAGGAGGGUCAUUUGACUGAUUUUUACUGGACACUAGCAUUAUCAGCCUUUAUAUACGGAAUGAUUUUUACAUUUAGUAUUAAAUUAGCCGGAAAUUGCUUAGUUUAUUUUAUGUCAACACUUCAUGUUUCUGGUAUUUUCGUAUCUGUUUACCAUUAUAUAUUUUUGAAACUGUUCGGUAACAGAAGGAAGUUUAACACUGAUUUCUUAAUUAUUAUGUGGCAAAUUAUAUUAUCCAUAAUAAUUACAGCAGUAACAGCAAGUGUUUGGACAUAUGUUUAUGUUAAAAGCGAUAAUAAUAAUAAUAAAUGUGGUGAAAAUGGUUCUAAAGGUAAUAACAAUAGUUCUGUAGCUUAUGCAAUAUCACCAAUGAUAAUGUGUGUGUUUGCUCAGGUUGUUGUAUAUAUCUUUUACCCAGCAAUAGCACCAGGUUUGUUGGUGGACUUUAGGCACGUUAAUAAGAUAGACCAGGCUCUUCUAAUUAUUGCGCCUAUUCCAGCAAUUACAUUUGCCUUACUUGAUGCCACCGAACAAACACAAUACUCGCCUAAAUGUGAGUGGAAAGAUAAGGAAUGGUGGCACGGAACCUUAAUAUUUAUUCCAGUUAUGAUUAUUUGUGGAUAUUUGUUUAUCAAAGCACUUCACUAUCCUCAUUCAGGAGUUUCAUUAGCAAUUAUUAAUAAUCCACGUAUGGUUGGAUUUCUCACCAUUCUCUUUUACAUGAGCCAUAUGAUACUACUAGCGGUUGGAUAUCCUGGCGUAGAAAAAAAUUCUGGACAAUAUAAGGAUUAUCUGCCCACUAUAAAUGGUUUUAUGGUGACUUUAUCCAUGGCUAUAUUGAUUUUUUUUGGUGAGGGUUAUGUUAAUGAGUUUAAAAAAUAUGAUAGAUCCUAUUGGCCAACACAAGGACUGUCAGCAAAAAGAGCAUUUGGAUUCUGGUUUGAUAAAGCAAUUCAAAAUGGAUUCAAGAACUUUCUCUUAAUAUUCACAAGAGACCUUCGAAGAGAUUUAAUGUCAGCACUUGACUAA